CUUCCUCAUCGGUGAGCCCAUUGAAAGCGGUCCCAGUCAGCUCAUGUUAAAACGACCAGCCUGCCUGUGCCUUACCAACGCUCGUCUUAUUCGCGUCAACCUUUAGCCUUCAGCCUGCCGCAUUGGGGUGAUGCAACAAGGACAGAGGAUGUCCAUCCAUCCAUCAGUCCUCCCGGCUUCUUAAACGCACGAUGACGGCCAUUCAGGAGACAAAGGAGCUCUUCAGGAGAGCAGAUGCUGUCUGCUUUGAUGUGGACAGUACAGUCAUCAAGGAAGAGGGCAUCGACGAGCUCGCCAAAUUCUGUGGCGUGGGGGAUGCGGUCAGAGAGAUGACUCGUAAAGCCAUGGGCGGCUCCAUGACGUUUAAGAAGGCCCUCACUGAGCGUCUCUCCAUCAUCCGAUGUUCCAGAGAACAAGUAAACAAACUCAUAACGGAUCACCCUCCUCAGCUGACUCCGGGCAUAAAGGAGCUUGUAGACCGUCUGCACGAGCGCAACAUAAAGGUGUUCCUCAUUUCCGGCGGUUUCCGAUGUAUCGUCGAGCAUGUGGCCUCCCAGCUGAACAUCCCUCUGCAUCACGUCUACGCCAACAGGCUCAAGUUCUAUUUUAACGGGGAAUACGCGGGUUUUGAUGAAACCCAGCCCACGGCUGAAAGCGGCGGCAAAGGAAAAGUGAUAAGCAUGUUGAAGGAGCAGCACGGCUUCAAAACAGUGGUGAUGGUCGGAGAUGGCGCCACUGACCUGGAGGCCUGCCCCCCCGCUAGUGCUUUUAUCGGCUUUGGAGGAAACGUCAUCAGAGCUCAAGUCAAGGAGAGAAGUUCCUGGUACGUGACGAGCUUUGAUGAGCUGCUGAAGGAGCUGGAGAAGAUUUAAAUAUGCUAGAGUAAUCCUACUAACUUAACCUUUUAUAUUUGCACUCAAAAGGUGUGCCAGUGAAGUUUUUUUUAUCUAUUCCACACUAGAUUUUUAUAAUGAUAAUGCUUCACCUUAAUGUUGAUUUUUGUACUAAAAAAAGUAACCAAACACUGAGUGUACAAUAAGAAUUUAGUGUUUUUUUUUGCACUUUUCGCAUCAAGCCUAAUAACUUGUAGGUUUUAUAUUGUGGCAUGUGCAAUGAGAACCGUGUUAGAAACGCAUUCAGUACUAAGAGCUCUAACCUGAUUUAACUGGCACGACUUUAAGGAGGAUCAGAAUUAAAGACAAGAACGUGCUCUAAAA